CGUCGGCGUUCCGCGAAUCCGCGCGCUCCGAGCCGGUCACGUGCUCCCCAGUGCGGGGUUUCGAUGGUAACAGCGGCGCGUGAGUCAGAAGAGCGAGCGGCUCCGGCGCGGCAGCAUGUUCAGACAGAUCGAGGAAGACCCGUUCUUCACGGACCCGUUCCAGCUGCAUCACGAGCGCAUGCGGCAGAUGAUGGGGGGUUUCUCUGACCCCUUCGGUCGAGGCUUCAUGCCCAGCAUCACAGACGGCCACCACAGGGGUCACAGGGGUCACCGGGCCCCGGCUCAGCCCGGCACCAGCCCCAACGACCGGGAGCUGGAUUUCUUCAGCAAUCCUUUCGCUAUGAUGGACAGCAUGAGGAACAGGAUGGAGAUGAUGCACAGAAACUUUGGGAACAUGUCCCCAGACCCCAACAGCCACUCGUUUUCCUCGUCCUCUGUCGUGACCUACUCUAAAGUGGGAGACGAGCCGGCCAAAGUCUUCCAGGCCUCGUCUCAGACGCGCUGCGCUCCUGGAGGAAUAAAGGAGACCAGGAGGAGUCUGAAGGACUCUGAGAGCGGACUGGAGAAGAUGUCCAUCGGCCAUCACAUCCAGGACAGAGGCCACGUCAUCGAGAGGAAGGAGAACAGGAAGACCGGCGAGAAGGAGCUCAACCAGGACUUCCAGAACAUGGACGAAACGGAGGCCCAGUCCUUCGAUGAGGAAUGGCAGAGAGAGGUGUCCCGCUUCCAGGCGUCUGCACCCAUGUCCCGCCUGGAAGCCCCGAGACAGCGAGCGGUUCACCGAGCCGCCAUCACGGCCCCGCAGGACAGGCGCAGACAUGAUGAAGCAGCCGCCCGAGGAAAUCAAACCCAUUAUAAUGAAGUCAACGUUAAAGGCUCCGGCGGGAAGAAGCACUAAAGCUCGUUCACAAUAAAACACUUGGCAGGAAUCAACUCUGAUGCUGACGUUUGUUCAUGCUGUAUCUUACGCCUGUUUCACACCACAGACUUGAGCAGCAGCAAAAACCCUUGUCCCCUACAGAGAUUUCUUAAUAUUGACUAUUAGUUUGAAACCGGCUAUCAGUAGUGGGUCACUGAUAAACUCUUGAAUUGCGCACAAUACUACUGUCCUCGAGUCACCUGUAGUAUACUGUAGUUUUUCCGGAUCACGACACACUGGACAAAUCAUACUGAUUUUAUUCAUGUCGGUGCACCGUCACUUUAAGUGUGUGAGACGCUUCUGCUGUUGAACACACACUGCUGGUGUCUGCGGUGUGAAACACGCUUUACGUCUGUGACAGAAUCAGGCCGCUUCCCCUCCUACCGUGUUUCCAAUCCUCGUCUAUAAAUGAGUUUGAAUGAAGUCAGGUCUGCGAUGCAGCUGUUUUUAACCCCGGUCGCUUCAGGUCUUAAGAGUCUCUACUAAUGAGUUGAGUCAUCUGUGUUUGAUCGGGGAGAUGUUUCAGAUAUCUGCUGGUUUUCAGCGCUGCUGUCGAGAUCAGACUUCAUCAGCUGGGAGCUGCUUCUCUAACGCACUUACUGAUGAUGAUGAUGAUGAUUAUUCUGGAAUCACCUAAAAACCCUGCUCUGUAAACAUUUGUAAAAUAAAUAAAUAAAAAUAUUGCAUGAAAUAUUUUUUUUUAAUUGUUGUUUCUCCCUCUGUGUUCUUCCUUGACUGCUUGGCCACUUCUCACUGUUUAAAAGAUAUAGAAUAAACAUUGAAUACAUGGGGUAGAAAUAAAAUAGGGGCACAAAUAAUAAAGUAUUUGUUGUUCUUCAA